UAUGUUUCCCUUCGGGGAGGCGGAAGGUGACAAUGCUGUACCUACCAAUGAUGAUGGAAGUUCUGGGAUAAUUUAUCUUUCAACAUUGUUUCCGUUUUUCGAUCACAACCAUGACUUUCUUUAUGUGAAUACAAAUGGCGUCAUAUCGUUCUUAACGCAAGUAAGCCAGUUUACCCCUGACCCCUUUCCGCUGGAUGGUGAUCGGCGAGUGGUAGCUCCAUUUUGGGCUGACGUAGACACCAGAGAAGGUGGACAAGUCUACUAUAGAGAAGUUCUACGUCAAAACAAUGAACAACUGACCGAUCGAGCUACAGUCAUAGUGAGAAAUACCUUUAUAGAUCAGGAUGAUUUCACUGCUACUUGGUUAUUCAUUGCUACCUGGUAUAGUGUGUCGUAUUACGGUUCUUCUAACUCAUUUCCAAGAAAUACUUUUCAGGCGAUACUUGUGACAAAUGGCCGUCAUUCAUUUACUUUUUUUCAUUAUGGAGACAUCAAUUGGACAACUGGCACGGCAAGUGGUGGUUCUCCGAUCACCGGCUUAGGUGGUACGCCAGCGCAGGUAGGUUUUAAUGCUGGUGAUGGACGAAACUUCUAUUCAGUGCCUGGAUCAAGAAGUGAGUCCAUUGUAGAUAUAGAGACAACAACAAACGUUGGUGUAAUUGGACGCUGGGUGUUUCGAAUUGACGAAGAGAACGUUGUCGAAGACGGUUGCAAAGAUGAAGUGACUACCGGAACACUAACAGUUUUUCCAUUUUCUGGCUCCAUGCUUGGCGGAGAUACUAUCCUCAUCCAAGGUCCGUGCUUUGACCUUCAACACAACAUCACCUGUAAGUUUAUUGACCAUGAUACGGGUCCUGAAACUCAAGGUGUGGUUCUCAGCGAACUAAAAGCUAAAUGUGUGACGCCCAUAUUUUACCAGACUGGACGAAUCAGGUUUUUUGUGUCGAAUGGACAAACAUUUGGAUUUGAGGGCGUUUUUACCAUACUGAACAUAGAAGAUGCUAUAACUCCAGUGAACGUAGAAAAUGUUAUAUUUUCACCAUACGUAACUGUAUCCUGGGACACAUCAUUAACACCUUACGAGUUUGUAAAUAUUGAACUGUUCACUUAUUCGGAAAACUGGGAAAAUUUAGAGGUCAAUUUGAAUAGGUCGCUGAUAAAAGAAAAAGUGGUUGGAGCUUUAGGUGUGAUCCAAUUCGAAGCUAUGGAUAUACCUGUAGACUAUGAUGACCAUAUCGGAAUUGUACGGGUUUCAAAGUGGAACAGCAAGGGCGAUUUGUAUUUGCCAGGUGUUUGGAGUGAAGUUAUGGAUUUAGGCUGGUUACAUGCGGCUCAGAACAUUUUCUAUGACUUUCGAAGUGAUUCCUGGUGUGCUGAUUGGAAGAUACUGGAGGACAGCCUAGGCAGCUUUUUAAUGAGCACACAAGACUGUCCGUGCACCAUCGAGCAGGCGGUAGCCGACAUUGGUCGAUUCACUUUACACUCAGCGUGUUAUCUGCCAAACCAUUACUAUUACGGUUGUGAGGUUUUUGAUUACUAUCAAUGUGCUCGAGCAAAUACACCAAGUGAGUCCGGUGGUGGCCUAGAGUGUUGUUACGGGUCUGAUGGUGAACUGCUCAACAUACAAGAUGAACUAUAUGCUGGGUUUUUUCAUCGGCACCAUUACAGAGCCAUGACCCCACACGGAGUAGCUGGGCAAGUGCCUUACUUGUCCCAUUUUGCAGCCGACAUUCUACCAUUCCGAUAUUGUUGUUAUUAUUCGAAUCAUGUCGAGGAUUGCGAACAUUUUAAAGAAAGGCGUCCCUCAGAUGACUGCACCAGUUACGUGCCGCCGCCAAUUGGUGGUGGUAAUGGUGAUCCACAUAUUCGCACACUAGACGGUACCUCUUAUACAUUUAAUGGGCACGGCGAAUACACAUUUAUCGAAGCCCUCGACAGACAGUUCGUCAUGCAGUGCCGGACGGAACAAAUCCCAGGAACACGUGCAUCUCGUUUUACCGCAAUGGCUGCGAAAAUCAAUGGAACCGAUAGUGUUCACAUUGGCUUAAGUGAACGACGAGGACUCGAUGCUCGCAUCAAAUCCAAUAACGGAUGGCAAUUAGUAGACUUCGAACAUACAGACUACUGGGAGUUUAAUGGAGUAUCAGUGUUAAAACUAAACAGUACCAAAGUAAGUUUUACGGUUAUUUUCGACGCUGGGAUUGCUUUCACUAUUGAAGAAACGAAUGACAUAAUGUCAGUGAUAUUUUUCGGAUCUGAUUCGAUGAAAGGCAGUACGAGAGGGCUUAUGGGAACCUGGAAUGAUAAUUCCAGUGAUGAUUUUUUGACACCUAAUGGAGACAUCAUCAGUGCAAACUCCACAAUUAGAGACAUACAUUUCAAUUUCGGACAACUAUGGAGCAUUGAUCCACAAGAUUCUUUAUUCUAUUACGAACCUGGAAAAGGUCACGGUGACUACAGUGAUUCCUCGUUUGUACCAAUAUUCGAGCCUCCAAACAAUGUCGAUGACGUUGAAAUCCAACGUGUUUGUGGAAGCAAUUUUGAGUGCAUGUUUGACUAUCAGGUCACGGGAGACCCAGUGAUUGCAGAGGCUACACGAGCAAGCGUCGAUGAUUUGAAUAGUAUCGUAGAGUUCUCUGCACCAGUUGUAGCGUGUCCUUUUGUUCCGGCACCGAUUAAUGGCACAAAGAAUGGUACUUCAAAUACUGAAGGAAGUCACCUGAUAUUCACUUGUGACCCUGGUUUUGAUCUUCUCGGAAGUGAGGACAUUGUGUGUCAAGCAAAUGGAACUUGGUCGGAUAACCCACCUGUCUGUCUUCGAAAAUAUUGUGAGCCCGUCGAUGAACCAAUGAAUGGAAAUACACACGGUGAUCUUCGCACUGUUGGGAGUGUUUUACAAUUUAGCUGUAAUGAAGGCUACCAAUUACAUGGUUCUAAAGAAAUUAUAUGUGAAGAGAGUGGCGAAUGGUCCGGAGAAGCACCAGUGUGUGAAGGUUAGCGUGUCCUUUUGUUCCUGCACCGAUUAAUGGCACCAAGAAUGGUACUUCAAAUAUUGAAGGAAGUCACCUGAUAUUCACCUGUGACCCUGGAUUUGAUCUUCUCGGAAGUGAGGACAUUGUGUGUCAAGCAGAUGGAAAUUGGUCGGAUAACCCGCCAGUCUGUAUUCGAAUAUAUUGUGUGCCCGUCGAUGAACCAGUGAAUGGAAAUAUACAAGGUGAUCUUUGCACUGUUGGGAGUGUUUUACAAUUUAGCUGUAAUGAAGGGUAUCAAUUACAUGGUUCUGAAGAAAUUAUAUGUAAAGAGAGUGGCGAAUGGUCCGGAGAAGCACCAGCGUGUGAAGAAGCAGAUUCUGCAUCGUUGGCCUUGAUUAUUGGUGUCACUUUGGUUUGUAUAGCUAUUUUCACAAUUUGUGUUGUUCUUGUUAUCAAGAAGAAAAAGAAGGUCAAAGUCCAUGCUGAAUCAAUACAGAAUGAUGAUUUCAAUCUCUAAAACAUAGAUCUUCAAAUUUGUAACACGUUGGCUUCCAAAUAGUGGCCAGCGUUUGAAAGUGACACAGACGCUCUGUAUGUGUUGACAGUCAUCCAGUCAAGAGACAGUGUACCAAAACAGUUUUACUAUAGAAUGUCACAAGCCAUUUAAAUAAUAUUAUUAAAUGACAGAUUUAGCCAGUUCAAAAUUGCUUUAUUUUGUUUGUUUUAAACGCUCUUUAAUACCCGAUCUCGUAGAGAUUAUAUGUUGAUUAAUCCGUGUUAAACGCCCUGUAUAUAUUUAUAUUGUAUACCAAUAUGAUUAAUCAGUCGUACAUUUAACGUUUUGUUAAAUUGUGUAUGUUCCAGGUAUUGUUUGUACGUGGUUUUUAUCAGUUUUCUCCAUGAUGUUUAUAUAUCUUAUUAUUUAGUUUUCGUUUAAAAUUAAUUAUGUAAAGUACAGAGUUUCCCGAUAAUAAUAUAAAUAUAGUAGUAAGAAAAUAUUUGUGUAAUGAAUCAAUAUAUGAAAAUAAAAAUAUGAGGAAUACACACAAAA